GGCUGUCACACAGUCUUCAGACAGAGUUGGGUUCGGAUCGGUCCUCGUCCUCGUGGUCGUCGGUUCCAUAAAAUCCAGCCGCCGGUCUCGUGGUCAAACUCUGUCUGGAUGUUGUCGUCCCACAUUCUAAGUUCUUAAUUGGUUUAUCCAAAGUUUUUAUGUUCAGUUCUCAAUUUUACUCUUAUUUUUGCGAGGCGUGUGUUGCCCAGAAAAUCGUAUCGCGUAGUGUAUAAUCAAGCUAUAUAAUCUGUUAUCUGUGUACCUUAUUUGUGAUAUCCUAACCAACAACAACAAAAUUAAAUGCUUAACAAAUUUUGUUGACUAAUAAAAAAUAAUUUAAGCCAAAUUAACUACCGAACACAAACUGUGCUAAUAUUUUAAACAAAGGAAGAUUACAUAAUCGGGCACAACGGCGAAAUGGAUUACGUAACUCUAGUGUGGCAUGCACUGUAAAUGAAAAUGCACAAGCUUUCCGCUAAUCGAAAUUAUAUGGCGACCAACUGAAAAUCCCCUGCUGAGUGCGCGAACCAACCCGAAAAUAUAGUCAUCAAAUUUGUGCUGGCUUCACGGAAAUUAGCCGCCGCCGAUUCGCCACGCUUAUAUACACGGCAAUCCGCCGUGAAGUAGGCAACAAAAUAUAUUUAUGCGCCCAAGUGAUAACAGCGGAAAAGCCAACGAAGCACAACAAGCGCUGACUUUCACGGAGGAGGAUUCGGCGAUCCGGAGACAGGGGCGGAGUCAGAAGGAGUCUGGGAAAAUCAGGGACACGAGCGCAGCAGCAGCAUGAAGGGUCUGACGGCGUUUAAGGAAAAGGCGACGGGCGUGUUCGGCGGCCUGAAGCCCAACAUGGAGAAGUUCGAGAUAUCGCAGAGCUAUCAUGGCGGACACGGGGGCUACGAGGAGAUGGAGGGCGGUGACCGGGAGGGCCGGGGUCCUGGAGGCGGCCACGCUUACGACGACGACGACGAUCGGCCCGAUUCGCCCGCCUCCUUCGAGGAGAUCGAGCGACCGCCGCUGCGGAAGAUCGACAAGUACUGCAAGGCGGAGUGUCCUUGCAUGCCGGCCCGCUACACCAUCGCCACCAUGGCCUGCGUGGGAUUCAUGAUCGCCUUCGGAAUGCGGUGCAACAUGUCGGCGGCCAAGCUCAAAGGAGAGCACAACGGGACUGUUUUCAUGAACUGGACUGUGGCCGUGGAGAGCCAUGUGGACUCGUCCUUUUUCUGGGGCUAUCUGGUGACGCAGAUUCCCGGCGGCUUCAUCGCCUCCAAGUUUCCGGCCAACAAGAUAUUCGGACUGUCCAUCGUAAGCUCCGCCACACUGCAUCUUUUCGUGCCAUUCGCGAUGACCCUGAUGCACGGUCAUGUGGUGAUUUGUGUGCGCGUCCUGCAAGGACUCUUCGAGGGCGUUACGUAUCCGGCUUGUCAUGGCAUCUGGCGCUUCUGGGCGCCUCCCAUGGAACGUUCCCGACUGGCCACGUUGGCCUUUUCCGGUUCCUAUGCCGGCGUGGUGGUGGGACUUCCGCUCUCCGGACUUCUGGCCGAUACGGUGGGCUACCAGGCGCCAUUCUACGCCUACGGGGUGUUCGGUAUUAUAUGGUACAUGUUCUGGAUAUGGUUGUGCUUCGAGAAUCCUCGCAAACAUCCGGCCAUCAGCAUACCCGAGCUGAAGUACAUCGAGAAAUCGCUGGGGGAGUCGGCUCAUCCUUCAAUGCCAUCUUUAAAGACGACUCCUUGGCGGGAGAUGAUGCGUUCGAUGCCGGUUUACGCCAUCAUUGUGGCCAACUUCUGUCGGUCCUGGAACUUCUACCUCCUGGUCCUCUUCCAAUCCUCGUUCCUCAAGCAUAAGUUCGGUUUUAAAGUGGAGGAGGCGGGCUUCGUGGGAUCCCUGCCCCAUUUGAUCAUGACCACAAUAGUUCCAUUUGGCGGCAUGUUGGCGGAUCACCUGCGAAAGAAUGGCAUCCUGUCCACCACGAAUGUGAGAAAGCUGUUCAACUGCGGCGGUUUUGGAAUGGAGGGCCUGUUUUUCCUAUUCGUUGCGCAUUCCUCAACGGCGACGGGAGCCAUGUUUGCCUUGACCUGCGGCGUGGCUUUCAGUGGGUUUGCUAUUUCUGGCUAUAAUGUCAAUCAUUUGGAUAUUGCUCCGCGAUAUGCCAGUAUCUUGAUGGGUCUGUCGAAUGGCAUUGGCACUUUGGCUGGCAUCAUUGUGCCCUACGCUCUGGAUGGUCUCAUUCAGGCUAAUCCCACUGGCUGUUGGACAACCGUCUUCACCUUGGCCGCCUGUGUUCAUCUGGUUGGGUGUACUUUCUACGGGAUUUUCGCCUCUGGAGAACUGCAGCCUUGGGCGGAACCUCCAGCUGAGGAGCAGAAGGUGUGGGCACCACCAGCAGGUGCCAUUACCAACACGGAUCCCAGUCAGGCGGGCAUGUUGGGCGACUACAUGAAGGAGACCUCAUUCGGCGCUCCCGAGUACAAUGAGCAGAGCCAAAUGCAGCAGUCAAAUGCCAUUAGCUACGGCGCCACUGGGCACGUGGCCAACAAUCCAUUCGCCAUGGCCAGUGGUGCACCACCCAUCGCCGAGGAGGAUGCACCACCAACUUACGGGGAUGUGUCGAACGCAGGACAAUAUGGAUACACGCAAGGACAAAUGCCGUCCUACGAUCCGCAGGGAUACCAGCAGCAGCAGUAAUGGACUCACUGAUAUAUAUCAUAGUCUUUAGUUGUAGUCGAAAAUCGUUUGACGUUUAUUGUUUGUUCUUGGUGUGCCGUUAAAGUUUUUUCCCCAUACUCUCUCUAACUUUCUAUUUGUUGAGUUCCAUUGAUGAAGGGAUCCCAAAAGCCUUUCGGAGAUAUAUAUACUAUACAUAAAAAAAUAACUAAAAGAGUAUCGAAUUUGUCAGCGAAUUAGGGGAUUCCAUAAGCCACACUAACACAAUGAAACUAUGUACCUAACAGAGAAACUACAUAUGCAUACACAGCAAUACCGAUAGCCAUUACCAUUACCAUUACCAUUAGCCCACAUAUAGACACACACUGGCCUAAUCGAUCUAUAUAGAAACUAUAGUAUAUGGUACUAAGGCGUCGCUUCCGCGAAUUUCUAUUUACAAGCUCCGAAAAAUCGAAACUGCAACACAAGAUAGGGAACGAACUGGAAAUAUAUAGUCAGCACUUGUGUAUAUCGUAAACCACAUAAUCCAGACAAAGCCCAUAAUAACUAUAUUUAAAUCGGUAUAAUCGUAUAUAUACAUAUAUAUAUACUAUAUAUUUAGCUAAAGAUUGUUGUUGAACUGCAAACUGCACGUUUUAUUACCGUUGAUGAUAUUAUCUUCUGUGUACGGAGAACAUUUUAAUCAAAUCCAAGCAAUUGUUGAUGUUCGGCACGAAUGAUAACCAUAAAAAUACUAGUUAAUCAAAAAACAUAAUAUUGUUCUGUUAACUAUAAAUUGUUUAUGUUUGAUUGGUUUUAUUCUUGAUGCACCGUAUGCUUUUGUGUUUUAGGAACAUGAGCAAGGCAUGAUGUAGGUACUAAAAACAUAACACUUAAGUAGAUAGCCGUAGGCGCAUAUAACCUCAGAAUUGGUCUUCAUAUGCUCACUACAUUAAAAUAUUAAUAAGCAAAAGGAACACUUUAUAUAAAAAUGUAAAAGAAUUUCACUAAGUUUGGAUUUUAAUGCCAAAAAAAAUAUUUUGGAUUCAAUGCAAUCUUUCUUUUAAAUUUCACUUUAUUUUACGUUUCCUAAAAAGUUCGACCUCUUCUACGAUUUUUUCCUAUUUCCUUGGCUUGAAAAUCCAAACAUUGCAAUUUAUAAUACAAAAAAUAAACAAUACACUAUAAUUUUAAUGAUAUUUGUUAAUUUGCUUUCAAGUACGAACAUUCGUUUUAAAAAUUAUUAAAUUUUCUAUAUUAACACUAUUAAAUCUCUCUAAACCAAUAAAUUUAAACAAUUUCGAAAUACCUAGUAGAUUGUAAAUAUGUUUUGCAUUAGGUAAUUUAACUUUAAUUUAUUAAUGCACCAAAUAUUAUUUCGGAGCACAAAUUUAACAUACAAAAUGCACUGUUACUAUUUGUUUUCUUAAGUUACAUGCACCGUUUGUUAAUUUAGCUACAAUUUACCUAAAACUUCCAUUACUGCCACACAAAACAUAUUUAGACGCACUUACUUUCGCACUAUUCAAUUGAAAAUGCAAAUUUACAAAGAAAUUAUUUCUAAUCGUCUGUAUAUUAUCCAAACAUAUAUUAGCCACAAAUAUUAUAAAUAACUAUAAAAAGGUAAUUUAAAUAAUUCACAUUUAAAUCACUAUGUAUUAAAAACGUGAACAUUUUCUAACUAAAAGAGUCAAUUCUAAUACCGUAAUUUGUACAGCGCAGCGAUUAAAUACUCACGCAAAUACUCGUAUAGAAACUUUAACAUAGCUAAUAUAUAUUAAAAUUUUAAAUGUUUUUUGGAUAAAAGUUCCAAUCGAAGAAAACAAACAAUACUGCUUGUGUGAGCGACAAUACUUAGUGAAGUAAGCCUAGUUAAUAGUAAUUAAUUUAAUAUUCACCUAUUAUUUCCAAUUAUUUAAAAUCAUAAUUUGAUUUUAGGCACAUAUUUUUAACGAAUGCUUUGCGCAGGCAAUUAAAAAUGUUGGCCACUGGGGCGUAUGUGUAAUAUUAGAAUAGUUACAAAUUCAUUCUGUAUAUAAAACCAUAUUUAAGAUUAAUUCAUGUUUAAUCUAAAGAUUAAUACUUUAGAGACAAGCUCUCACUUUAUCGAUUUUAUUUCUUUAUUUUUUGUUUUUGAGAGAUACUCAAGCUCUCGGGGCUGUGUGGACAAUAAUAACAUAGAUAUGUUAACCAAAAAAGCCACGGUUAAAACUUUUGCUUUUGCUAAGAUAUGAAAAUAAUAAAAUAAUAAGUCGUUUGACAUAACAGUUUGUAAAUACAAUUAUAUCUCGUAGUUGAAUGCCAUCAUUAAAUGCUUUUGUGAGUAAUUUAAGUGUACAUAAGGCCAAAUUGAAACCAAAGCAUAGCUAAAAACUAAACGAGCGCAACUUUAAUAGUGUUAAACCAUCAGUUUUUGCUAUAGCCAGAGUCACAAAAGAACAGGUUACUUCUAGGGUAUUUUAACUACUAGCCAAACUUAAAUGUUGUACGUGGAAAUAAACAAAUGAAAACGCUAGGAAAUGCAUACACAUUCAUACAGAAAUAUAGGCGCACAAAUACGAAUCAGAUAUAUGCUACUAAUAUAAAUCAUAUAUAUACUAAAAUCGUGAAAAGGUCUACGAAACUCUUUGGAAUCUGAACCCAAAGAAACUUCUUGAUAUUAAAAAAGCUGUAUCACUUUGGCUGGGAUAUCCAACCUAUACUUAAACCGUGUAUAUAUUUAGCAACAAAAGAUUCUUUGUGUUCACUGAGAGUUCUGUAUACAAAAUAUAAAUUAAUAAAUCAAAAUUAAAUAUAUUAUACACAAUCGGAGAUCCCUUUUCUGGCAACACCCGCCCAUGUUGUAUAAUUUAUAUGGUAGUUAAACCAAAUUUAAAUAAAUACUUAUAUAUUUCAUUGUAUGCUCAAAAACAAAAAAAGAAGAUCAAAUAAUUAUUCCUAAACAUAAACGAAUUAAAGAGACUCAGAAAACAAGAAAACCACUGUUCAUUUUAAGUUCUGCUUAGUUUCUUCGUCUCUUGUGUAAAUUAAAUUUGGUUAAUAGACAUAAAGAUUCAAACCCCAAUGCAUGAGAUCCGGCUAUACGAAAUACCAUAUUCGAAGGUCAUGAAAAACAGAACGAAAUUAUACCUAAUGAAUUGUAUUUGGAAUUCAAUAAAACGAACAUGUUAAAAAUUAUGCCAA